GCAUGGAAGGACCGCCGUUAUCUGCCCGCAUUGGGUCUAUGCUCAAGAAAGCCUGUAGCAGUGUCGGUAGAAGUUCUUCUUUGCGCCCGCUGCGUGAGGCCGGCUGUUGGAGCCAUGGGUGCCUUCUGCGCCAAACCAGAGAUCGAUACCCUUUAUGAAACGGAUACUGGCGCCGCUCCGUACCGCAGCAACUUUCAAGACAACAUCAUGCUUCUCAGUGACUCCUACAAGACCUCCCACUGGCGCCAGUACCCUCCAGGCACCACAGAGGUCUACUCGUACUUCGAGUCCCGCGGUGGGAAGUAUGACGAGGUGGUGUUCUUCGGGCUGCAGUACUUCCUCAAGCGAUACCUGCAGGGCAAGGUUGUUACUCGCGAGCGGAUUGAUGCUGCAGAGAAGGUUGUGAAUGCCCACAUGGGCCUUGGUGAGAUGAAGCACUUCAAUCGCGAGGGAUGGGAAUAUAUCCUGCAGCAGCAUGACGGUAAGCUCCCGAUUGUUAUCAAGGCCGCGCCCGAAGGAAUGGUGGUCCCUGUCAAGAACGUGCUGAUGACUGUCGUAAACACUGAUCCUAAGUGCUUCUGGCUGACCAACUACCUGGAGACAUUGCUGGUUCAGGUUUGGUAUCCGAUGACGGUGGCAACGCAGUCCCGUGCGCAGAAGAAAGUCAUUAUGGAUUCUCUCAUCAAGACCGGCACGGACCUGCCCAACAUGCCGAACAAGCUCCCUGCACCCUUGAAGAUGAUCACUGUGGGCUACCAGCUCAACGACUUCGGCUGCCGAGGCGUUUCUUCCAUGGAGACGGCAGGGAUCGGAGGUGCAGCUCACUUGGUCAACUUCUGCGGCAGCGACACCAUGCCAGGUUUGUGCACGGCCAUCGAUUACUACAAGUUGCCGCUGGAAGCAUGUGCCGGCACCUCCGUGCCAGCUGCAGAGCACUCCACCAUCACCAGCUGGACCAAAGCAGGCGAGAAGGCCGCCUUCGAGAACAUGUUGAAGCAGUAUCCGGAGGGCAUUGUUGCCGUCGUCUCGGAUUCCUAUGAUAUCUACAACGCGUGCGAAAAGCUCUGGGGCACCGAGCUGAAAGAUCUCAUCGCGUCCCGAGCUCCACCCACAGGCAAGCUGGUGGUGCGACCUGACUCAGGCGAUCCCAAGACCAUCGUCGUGGAGGUUCUUGAGCGACUUUCGAAGCACUUCCCGGUCACCACCAACUCAGCUGGGUUCAAGGUGCUGCCUCCCUACAUCCGCGUCAUCCAGGGUGAUGGUAUUUCCUACGAGUCGCUGAAAGAGAUCCUGGCAAACCUUGAAGCCAAAAAAUGGGCCGCCGAGAAUGUUUGCUUCGGCUCAGGUGGAGCAUUGUUGCAAAAGCUGGACCGCGACACUCAGAAGUGUGCCUUCAAGUGUUGCGAGGCUGUGGUCGAUGGCAAGCCCAGGCCCGUCUUCAAGGAUCCCAUUACCGACCAGGGCAAGAAGUCCAAGCAGGGCCGGCUGAAGCUGGUCAAGCGUGCAGGCAAGCUGACCACAUUGACCGACGGCGAAGGAGCCGAGUCAGAGGACCUGCUGGUCGAAGUCUUCCGCAAUGGUUCUGUCACCAAGACCUUCACCUUCCAGGAAGUUCGCCAGCAAUCGGAGGUUGGACUGGUAACGCCAAUCUUCGACGUGUCUGCAUGUGAGUUUUGUCUCCGGGAUCCCUGUGCUGACGUUGACGGCGAGCUAGCCGCCACGACACAGGGGCAAAUUGACCUUGGGCCGAUGCCAAGCAACGAGUGCCGCGAGGAUUUGCUGCAGGGCCUCCGCGAGCUUUUGACAAGCCGGGAGCUGUGCGACGUUGCCCUGGUCGCGGCAGGUGGGCAGGCUUUCCCAGCUCACCGCACCGUGCUGGCUGCGUGCAGCCCUGCUCUGCGGGCACGAAUCUCCAAGCUCAACUCAGCAUCUCUGCAGGCAGACGGGCUGCCGGUCAUAUCCUUGGAUGUGAAGCAUUCUGAGGCAGUGAAAGCCCUCGUGGAUUCGGCCGGGGCACUCAGACUUUGGCCCUCGGAGGGAAAGAGAUCAAGUUACGUUAUACUAUACGGUAUUGCAUUAGAUUUUACAACAUGA